AUGAGUUUUCAGGCUUCUCCCGUCAAUACUUCAAUAACAGUGCUUCUACCGCUAGCUUUCCCGUUUGUUCCUAUCAUCACAAGUGAUAAACAAUUAACAGUGGAUGAACUUGAAAAACAAACUGCUGUACCUCUGCCAGUGCUACGACUCAGUCCAGGAUCGUUCAUCGUUCCAGAAACUGGAAGCAAAAACUAUUCAUUUGUUGCUGAGAAUAUUGGUGGUUCAUCAGAAGCCAUCAUCAUGGUGCCACCGUUCAUGAUUGACGAUUAUUCCCUCCCAUUUCGUCUCAUACUGGACGGUAUACGGAACGGCAUAGGUCUUCACGACGGGUAUCGCACGUCUAUGCAGCUGACACAGCGCACAACGAAUAUGACUGAUAAACGUUGCAAUGUGUAUUCAAUUCGUGUGCCGUAUUAUUAUACGAUGCCCCGGUCGAUUUCGAAUUAUUUACGAUACGCAUUACUGAUUGUUGAUGAUCGACAUGCGUUAAGCGAUGCUAACAUAUGCGAAGUGGGACCAAGCUCAACACUGAAACAGUCGUCACUAUGGACUAAAAGUGAAAUUCAAUGCAAUUGCGCAUCGAACGCCCGUGAACGCUGUCGUAAGCAGUACGUCUCGGCAACAAUGUGCGGUCCCUCUUGGAAGCUGGUUCCGGACGAUACAGUAUCGCUAGAUUCGAUCGCAAUGUUCAUACUACUCAUCGCCAACUGUAAUGCUGUGAACGUGGAUUUCCAGAGGCUGCAAAAAUCGAUUGUGUGCGCUUCUGCCCUCGACAGCCGGUGUCCGAUGCUUCGACGUCGUCGUGCGGCUCCAGCAAUUCUUUCGAUGUUGGGUAACACUUCUGUGAAAAACCGGUACGGUGGUGCUUUGCAACAUUAUUUUCCAGCAAUCAACUCACUCGAAAUACAAGCCGUUAACAUGGCUGCGUUAUAUUCGGAUUUCUUCGAGCAACUACAG